AUGGAGAAGAGUGGAGGAAGAAAGGUUAUGGAUGAGAUAAGAAGUUUUGAGAAGGCAAGCUUGUUCGAUCUUGGCCACCCUCUUCUCAACCGCAUCGCCGAUUCCUUCGUCAAAGCCGCCGGAGUCGGAGCUUUACAAGCUGUGUCGAGAGAAGCUUACUUUACGGUGGUUGAUGGGGCAGGGUUUGACUCGAGCACCGUAGGUCCACCGUCGGAGAAUACUGGCAGCAAGAAACAUAGGUUCCCUAAUCUCAGAGGGGAAACCAGCAAAUCUCUGGAAGCAUUGGUGAAGAACACAGGAAAAGAAUCUCUACAGUGGGGGCUAGCCGCUGGAUUGUACUCGGGUAUAACUUAUGGUAUGAAGGAGGCUCGCGGGGGAGCUCAUGAUUGGAGGAACAGUGCUGUGGCUGGAGCAUUGACAGGAGCAGCUAUGGCUAUGACGACCUCGGACAGGACAAGCCAUGAGCAAGUGGUUCAGUCUGCUCUCACGGGAGCAGCCAUUUCCACCGCUGCUAAUCUCCUUUCCAGUGUCUUCUAA